AUGUACGCCCAGUACCUCGCUCUCCUCGGCCUCGGCGCCGUCGCCCUUGCGCAAGAAGACUCGUCCUCCGGUUUCAAUGGCGUCGUCCUUACCUCCCGCGAGACCUCCCUCAACGUCGACGUCAGCACCUCCUACGUGCCCGUCACCACCGCCGUCCGCAACACGGACACCGACACCCUCGUCGAGACCAACCGCCAGACCAUCGCCGAGACGACCGACUUCGGCACCUCGGCUACCAACACCAUCGUCCAGGUCGCAACCACCAGCGACGUGAACCUCGCCUCCGGCUACGCCUACACCACCGGCGCCAACGGCCAGACCAUCGCCACCUACACUGGAACCGACCGCAACGCUCCUCAGACGACUGACUUCUCGUCCGCCGGCGCCGUGUCGUCUGCGGCGGCCGCCAGCAGUGUCGCCGUCGCCAACGGCAACAACCCUGGCAGCAACAAUGGCGGCGCGUCUUCGUCCAGCGAAGGUGCCGGUGCGAUGGUGACUGCUGCGCCUUACGCCGGUGCCGCCGCGUUGGCCGGUAUUGCUGCUUUCCUCGCCAAGGAGCGGGAUCUGAUUCAAGGUCAGAGGACUGGUGUACUUGUGUAG